AUGCAUUUGGAAAUUGGACUGAUAUUUUGUAUUUUGGGACUUGCUCUCCAAGUUCAAGGAUCCCAAGAACACCUCAUUAAAGAAAAUCACGUCAAGUCCAAGUUCAUGGAAGAUGUCUCUAGUUUUGACAGUACAAGAACAGCAAAAGUGUCCAAAGUGUCAACCAUCAGGAGGAUAUUUGAUUUGGUGGGGCAUCGGUCCAAAAGAUCCAUAUCCUUCCCAACAGGGAUUAAAAUCUGUCCACAAGAAUCAAUGGAACAAAUCUUGGCCAAUCUCCAGGCUUAUUACAAACUACGAGUCUGUCAGGAAGCUGUGUGGGAAGCCUAUCGAAUCUUCCUGGACCGUAUCCCUGACACAAAUGAGUACCAGAAUUGGGUCAGUGCCUGCCAGAGGGAAACUUACUGCAUUUUUGACAUUGGAGAAACCUUCAGCAAAUCUCAGGAGCUCCAAGAACUUCUCCAGCAGCGUUUAAAGCAUCAACGUUUCCCUGAGAGAAAAGAUGAAAUUCCUACAGAGAAGACAAUGGAAAGUAAAAAGUCUGAUGAAGUCCCUAUAUUUCCUACAGUCUCAGCAGGUGCCGCUAGCUUCUCUCUACCUCCCUUCACAUCCACUCCUAAUGGCUCACUUCUCAACAAACUUUUCAAUGACACAAAGACUCCUGUGAAGGAUAUAGAAACUGAAGUCACUAAUAUCAUAUCAAAGGGACCACUGGAAGAGAUAUUAGAAUUUAGUGUCAACUUGGCAAAUCAGAAGUUUAAGGCAGAGCUGAAUGACCCAGAGUCCCCACAUUACCAGGAACUAGCAGCAAAAUUUCAACAUCAGAUGCAAAAAAUAUUUAAGACACUUCCAGGAUUCAAAGAAAUCCAUGUGUUAGGAUUUAGACCAAAAAAGGAAAGAGAUGGCUCCAGCAGCACAGUUGCUCGACAGCUGGUGAUCUUUAAGAGAGACAGCUCAGAAAGAGGAAGGCCCAGCGGCAACCUGUCAACCAUUCACUCUAAUGAAAUUGAAAAGGAAAGCCAGCUUCAGAGCUUGGAGGAGGAGGAACUUCAAGAAAGCAGCCUCACCUCGGCAGGGCUGCAGCAACUCAUUACCACAGCACUAGAGGAAGACAAGUCUCUGGAACUGGGGACAAUUCAGUUUACUGAUGAAAUCGAAAAGCCUCCAGAAGGCCUGGAACAUGACAUCCAAUCAGUAAUGACUACUACCCUUGCUGAACACUCUUUGGAUGCUACCUUGAAUCCUGAGUUUACACUUGGUCAUCCCAGCCCUGCGACAGAAGAAAUAUCAGAGCAACACUUAUCAAGUGAAUUAUUUACUUCGGAGACAGCUGAUGAAGCUCUUAUGAGCUCUGUGAAUUUAACUCCACCAACUUUUCUGACGGGUGAGCAAUCAGUGGUUCCUGAGGGGCCUGAAUCUGGAAAGGAAACCGUAGAAGAUACUUUGAUAGAUCACCUUUCUGAAAGAGUUCCCAGGCCUGUGGAGAGUACUAAAGGCCCUUCCUUGAUUGAUCAAGAAAUAGAAGAGGAGCUAACUGGCAUCACAGAACUGCCUCUUCUAGGACUCAGUUCUGAAGAUCUGUCUGGACAAGGGGAACUUCCAGAAAUAAUGGAAUUAUCUGGUGAUGCUUCUGCAGAAACCACAGACAGUCUUUGGUCUCCUUUUGGCACAGUGUCUCCUACCCAAAUGGAAUCUUUGCCAUUUUUCACCGGAUGGAGUGACUUCUCUCAACCUGAACAACCAGUAAUAUUUCCCAUUGAUCAAACAACUCGGAUUCCAGUGGUAGCCAGUCCCAUUUAUGGUCAAUCUCUUUCCAAAACCACAGGGACUUCAGGACUCAGCACACAUGUUUCAGGUUCCCAGAAAAGCUCCCAAGAGCCUGGCAGAAUGGAUGAGGUGAUGGAGAAUGUUGUUUAUGCUUCCACCCCAGAAAGCAGCUCAGUAGAAACCAUAAUGGCUACCACUUUGAAAUACCUUACCACUAGCUCUAUGACCACAGCCACCAAAGGCAAAGAAUUGGUGGUGUUCUUUAGCCUGAGAGUCACAAAUGUGCCCUUUUCUAAUGACCUGUUCAAUAGGAGUUCUCAGGAAUAUCAAGAGCUGGAGCAACAAUUCAUACAACUGGUUUGUGGCCACCCUGCACCUAGGAAGCCUAUUGAUGCCAUUUUCCCAAUAGCACGUGCUCACAUCGUGGCUCAUUUUGGCAAUCCUCACACUGAUCAAGCGGACCCAUGCAAAUUCAUGGCAUGUGAUGAAUUUUCACAGUGCAUAAAGAAUGAAUGGACAAAAGAGGCCGCCUGUCUUUGUAAGCCAGGCUAUGUCAGCCAAGAUGGACUGCCCUGUCAAAGCCUGUGCAACAUGGAUCCAGGUCUUUGUGUGAACGGAGGAAAAUGUGAACUGGUUCCAGGAAAGGGAGCAGUUUGUAGGUCAUCAGAUGAUUCUUUGAUACCAAAAUUGGCCAGUUAG